UCGCGCAGCAACGUCUCUCUUUACCAAUACUUUAUGCCUCCGUUAACAUUGGCUGUUACAGAAUUAAAAAACAAAAAGGCUUCAAAAUUUCAAAAAAUAAAAAUCACAAAGAACAAAAUGUCCCAAAUUAAAACCCUAAUUAAUCAAAUUCAAUGAGAUUAAGAGGGGCUUCGAUUCGGUGGCGACCAGUGCACAGACAUGAACGUUGGGGACGAUGAUGACGACGCCGUCAACAAACCCCAAAGACCUCGACAGCAGCGCCACUCGAUCGCCCAAAAACCGCCGUCACCGUCAGAGCCACGUGGCCACCGCCAUCAUCGCCGUCGCGGCGCUCGUAAUCUCCACCGCGGCUUGGCUCUCCCUCAUCUUCUCCGGCGCCUCUCAGCCCUUCCCUGCCCCUCAAACCCUCACUCCCUCCCGCAAUCGCAGCCUCUCACUCUCCCAACAGCAACAACAACUCAGACACUCCCAGGAGCUCACUCUAAACGACAUCGUUUUCGGCAUUGCCGGGUCUGCCCAACUCUGGAAGCAGCGCAGGGAGUACGUGCGGCUUUGGUGGCGCCCAAACGACAUGCGCGGCCACGUCUGGUUGGAAGAGAAGCUCCCCAAAAAUGACGUCGAUUUGUCCUUGCCGCCGAUCAUGGUUUCCGAGGACAUAUCGCGGUUUCGGUACACCAACCCGACUGGUCACCCGUCGGGGCUCCGAAUCUCCCGAAUAGUUUCCGAGUGCUUCCGCCUCGGCCUCCCCAACGUCCGGUGGUUUCUCCUCGCCGACGACGACACGAUUAUCAAUGUCGAUAACCUCGUCGCCGUUCUGAGCAAGUACGACUCGUCGGAGAUGGUUUAUGUGGGGAGCCCAUCUGAGAGUCACUCUGCCAACACUUAUUUCAGUCACUCCAUGGCUUUUGGUGGUGGGGGAAUCGCCAUUAGCCACCCUUUGGCUGAAGCCCUCUCUGAAAUGCAAGAUGAGUGUCUCGAGAGAUACCCAAAGCUCUAUGGAAGUGACGAUCGUCUCCAUGCCUGCAUUACUGAACUUGGGGUUCCCUUAACCAGAGAACCUGGUUUCCACCAGUGUGAUAUUAGGGGUAAUGCUCAUGGUCUGUUAUCUUCACACCCAAUUGCACCAUUUGUGUCCAUUCACCAUGUUGAAGCUGUUGACCCUUUCUAUCCUGGCUUCACCUCUCUACAAAGCUUGGAGCUUUUUACACAGGCAAUGAGACUCCAACCCACCAGCUUUUUGCAGCGGUCUAUUUGCUAUGAUCGUAGACGCCGUCUCACAUUCUCAGUCUCGGUUGGUUAUGUGGUUCAAGUAUUCCCAAGCAUUGUUCUCCCUCGUGACCUUGAGCGCUCGGAGCAGACUUACUCUGCUUGGAAUGGGAUAAGUCACAGGAAUGAAUUCGAUUUCGAUACCAAAGACCCUUAUAGGUCUGUCUGUAAGAAGCCUAUUCUGUUCUUCUUGAAAGAUGUUACAAAACAGGAGAAUGCUACAUUGGGCUCAUAUGUCCGGCCUCGAGCAAAAGAUGAUUUCAAGAGAAAAGUUCUCUGCUUUCCCCGGUUCAGAGUUUUGCGCAAUCUGCGGAAAAUUCAGGUUUUGGGCUAUCCACUCACCAAGAAAUGGCAUCUGGUACCACGACGUUUAUGUUGCAAACUGAACCAAACAAGUGAGGAAGUCCUUAGACUAACAGUGGGGCAGUGUGCUAAGGGAGAUUUUGGCUCUAUUACUGAUUCUAAAUGACUAUGUUAGCAGCGGGGUAUUCUCUCAAUUAAUUUGGAUUUUGGACAUGAACAUCGCUGCUAUCUAUUCGGAUGACCUCCAGCAAAUUGAAAACAUGUGCUUGCAGAUAUGAGAAUGCUUCAUUGUAAACAGAAAAGUUGAAGACAAGCAUGCCAACCUACGGCUCGGGUAUUACAUUCUUUGCCUUCGAUUUUGUUCAGAAGGUAUCAAAUCAUAAAUUGAGAUCGAACAUCUGCUAGCUGAUUAAGUGAGACAAACAGUAGUUGUUCAAAACUUUGAUAUGCAAAUUAGUAAACCCUAA